AUGGAGUCGCAAACAAUAACAACAUUGAUGAGAACAUCUUCUACAACCGAGGAAGCGCAAACUAAUUCUAAGACAUCUAUCGUUCAUUUUAAUAUUGAUCAACAAUGCCCUAUUCAGUAUGUCACUGUCUACAAUGAUCGUGCUGCAGUAACACGUCGUAUACAACAUCAUUUUGAUAAUCAAGGUACUUAUGACCUUGUUUUCGAAGAUUUUUCACCAUCUGUUGAUUUAACAUCAUUACAUGUAAGUGGUGGUAUAGGUAAAGCAUGUACUAUUCUUGAGGUUUCAUAUCAAAUACGUUAUGACACUACAACAGAAAAAGCAGAUUUAACACCAUUAGAUCAAUUACAAAGUGAAUUCGAUAAUGUUCAAGCUGAUAUUGAUAAACAUCAACGAGAAUUAACACGAUUUGUUAAACAACGUACAUGGCUUGAUGGACGAGCUUCAAAAUUAAUGAAUCAAGAUAAGCAUUUUAAUAUAAAUAAUCUUGAUUUAAUGCAACAAUUUAUGGAUUUUUAUCAUAAAAGUUUAUUAAAAUUAGAUAAUGAAACAAUGUAUGAAGAAAAUGAAAUAAAAAAAUUAAAACAACAACAAAAUGGGUUAAGAACUAAAAUAAAUGAACACGAUAUAGAAGAACAAGCUAAUCGUCGAAAAACAAAACGAGAAGUAACUAUAAGUGUUCAUAUAGGAAGUAAUGAUAUUGAUAUUGCAUUGGAAGUAUCAUAUUUAAUUAGCAAUUGUUCAUGGAGUGCUAGUUAUGAUGUUCGUGUUACUAGUGCAGAAGCAACACGACAAAAAACUCAACUUAAUUAUUAUGGUAUUAUUGUGAACAAAAGUCAAGAGAAUUGGUCUGAUGUACAGCUGUCAUUAUCGACAGCAACACCAUCACUUGGAGGUGUUCCACCUAAACUCGCAACACUCAAAAUAGGUUAUGAAGCACCCGAUUAUGACUAUGACCGAGCACGAAAUCUGAAUAAAGCAGGCUUGCUUUCAAAUAGCUCUCAAAGUUGCUCAACAAAACCAUAUGUAUGUAGGAAAAUGGUGACACAAUUAUCACUUGCUUCCUCAAGGUUAGAAGAAGCCGAUGAACAACAACCAUUAAAUAUGGUCAAUGUUUUAGCUGCUCAAGCCGAAGCUAGUAUGUCAAGUACAAGUUUUGCUAUUCCUCGACGAGCAACAAUAGAUGCUGAUGGCAAGCCACAUAAAGUAACUAUUGGUGUACUUGAUCUAACUUCAACAUUUACAUAUACAGUCAUACCAAAAUUAUCACUUCAUGCUUAUCUUAAAGCAUCAACAGUUAAUACAUCCGAUAAACAACUUCUAGCUGGACCUGCAUCAGUAUUUAUGGAUAAUAAUUAUGUUACGCAUAGUGCAAUUGAUAAUGUUUGUGUGGGUGAUACAUUUGAUCUUCCAUUAGGUACAGAUGCAAGUGUCAAAGUAGAAUAUAAACCAGCAAAAAAACUCACUGAUACUCAAGGUCUUAUUUUAAAAGUACAUUAUGAAAAUAUUCGACAUGAAACACAUCUUAUUAAUACAAAAUCAAGUGAAGUUACAGUUUAUGUUUAUGAACAAGUUCCAUUGUCAUCUGAUGAAAAGAUAAAAGUUAGAUUAAUAAUACCUGAUUUACGAUUGAAAGAACAAGGUUCGAAUUACACAGUAACAAUGAAUGAUUCGAAUAACUUAGAAUGGAAAUGUAUUUUACAAGGAAGAGGUGAAUGUCGUUUACCUCUUGAAUAUACUGUUGAAUGGCCAAAAGACAAACGUGUAGAAUAUAAACAAGUUAAUUAA